AUGUCUGGACAGAAGGCCACCUUGAACAACAACUUGAACGACAAGCAGAUUUCGAAUGACAUCUCAAAGGGCAUCCAGGAGCUCGACGGCGAAGACGGUCACGACGCGCCAGAUGGCGAUGAUGGCGCAGAUGGCGACGAUGGCGACGACCAACAACGAUUGCCACAACGACUGUGA